GUUUACUCACAUCCAUCCAGUAUUUAAGCCACAGAUGCCAGGGUAAAUACAGACUGCGACUGUACUGUCACUGGACAAGAACAUUUACACAAGGAUGAAUACUUUGAAGGGAUUGAUUCUGAUGCUUUUUGUUGCGUUGGUCGUUUCAAAACCAUUGCAUUUGUCAAGAAACAGUUCGGAAGAAAAUGAUUCAUCCAAAGCUUCAUCAAAUUCCGAGUCAGAUGAGAGGUCUGAAUCAAACGAGUCUGAAUCGAGUGAAUCUGAAUCUUCUGAGGAGGACUUCACAACCACACAGCCUCCUACUCGCACAACAAAUCAGCCCAUCACUGACAAGAAAAUCACAACAGCAGCACCCGUCACCACUGCAGCAAACUUUACAGACUCUGUUACUAUGAAUGUGACGAGUCUUCCAAUCACCACCGAAAAAAGGGGUGAUAACUGAAGUGCUCAGAGUAUUGCUGCUGAAUCACAUUUUCAUGCAAAGAAAAAAGAAAAGAGAGAAUGUUUCUGAAUGCUUGAUGAUUUCUGAUGUUAUGAUGUUUAUGUGUUAAUAACGAAUGAAGAAAAUAGUAAUGAGUAAUGGAACUUUUGAAAUUUACAUUAAAACUGCAUGCCCACAUUGUCAGACCCUGCAUCCAUUUAAAUGGACAACACGUCAGAUCUUUUUUUUUUUUUUUUUAAGUUUAAAGCCUGUAGUCCAUGAUAUGAAAAUUCUGUCAUACAAUCAAACAGUUCUGCAUGUUGCAAUUUGAGAAGUAGCCACUAGGAUGAAAAGGAGAAUGGCAGAACUUUGUUCCAAGCACAGAAGUAAGCAACAUUUUCAGUGGUUUUAUUCACAUUUAUUGAUGUGUUUGCCAAUACUUUAUAGAUUGUAUAGAACAAAGAAGGAUAGUAUUUACUAAUAAACAUUUUUUUUAUUUAGUGUAGAAUUACAAGGUUUAAAUCAGGAGAUAGUUGACCCAAAAAUUACAGUAGGACUACUCACUAUUUACUCUCCCUCAAGUGGUUUCAAAACUUUAUUUUCUUCAAAAAGAGUUUCUUUUUGCUGUUCUGUUUCCUGAAAACCUGUAACCAUUGACUUCCAUAGAAGAAAAAGCCUACUGUGGAAGCAAAUGGUUACUGGUUUCCAGCUUUCUUCUCAUUUUUGAAAUAAGUAAAGGAUGAUUAAAUGAUGACAGAAUUUUUA